AUGACUUUGAAUAAGAUUGAUUCAAAUAUGUGGAAGUUGAUUCGAACUCGACUACCAUCAUUUAUAUCAUUAAGAUCAAUAUUCAUCGAUUAUGUUCAUGAUUCAAAUGAAUCAACAUCAACAUUAAUGUCACUCAUUUUUCACGAUCUUCUAUUCAUUUUAAAAUCAUUAAAACAUUUGUCUCUUAGCACAUUAUUUGGUCGGAAAGAAACCAUAAACAUUUCAUCAUCUUCUUUAAUACAAACAUCUGCUAUUGAAUGUUUAACAGUAAUAGGUAUUAAAAUUAACUUACAUCAAAUUUUAGCUAUUGCACCUAUGUUACGUCAACUCAACGCCAAAUUGAUUAUUAAUCCGUUUUCUGCCAUUGAUAUGAUUUUUCAACCAUCUAUUAAUUUACAACAAUUAUCGAUCAUUAACAAUUGUAUGACUAUGCUCGAUAUUAGAUGUUUACUCUCGUUGAUGACUCGUCUUACUCAUCUUAGUCUUAAUAUCUUUAAUGUGGAAAGUAAUAUGUUCAAUGGCGAUGCAUGGAUACCAUUACUAACUAGAAUAAUCGUAUUUCAGUUCGUAUUUAGAAUUUCAACUGGAGUUAAUAUCGAUCUCAAUUCUUUUCGUACUGAAUUCUGGCUUGAAGAAAAGAAAUGGUAUGUGACAUUUGAUCAAUGGAUCGAUACUUCUUAUUCAUUUCUCUAUACGAAUCCAUGCUUUGAAAACUAUUUUUAUCCAUUACCAUUUAUGAAGAAAACAUUGGUAACAGAAUCAAGUGGAUUAGAACCAACCACGUGUCCACAUACUAAAUAUCUUUUUUUUGACACUCAAUUACCAAUGCCAGAAGCACAUUUACGUCGGUUUACACAUGCUGAUACGUUAAUCGUCGAAAGAGAUCUUGACAUUUCACUUAAAUUUAUCACCACUUGCAUCGAUUUAUCACGAAUUACUAGGUUCGCACAAGGUAAAUCGGAAACAGAACAGUCAAACAAAGAAUUUGUACGAAUUCUGCAUUGUCUUCCACAUCUAGGUUCACUUUGCUUGCACACUUCAACUCUCGUUUUAUUUUUUAAUCGACAUUGGCCACAAAUUAUUGAUCUCAACAUGAAGGUUGAUUUACUUGGUUCAUUUAAACGACUGCUAUCAAAUGAAAUCGAUGCACUUUGGCGUUCGUUUACUCAUCUGCAGCGAUUGGACUUUGAUCGUCAAGGCGUUCAAAAUCUAUCAAGAUUAUUCAAUAACAUGACGAUGACAUUAUCGAGUGUAUCAAUUCGUCACUAUGGUUAUAUCCAUGAUUUAAAUCCUCAAAUGAUCACACGUCAAUGGCUUGAACAGAAUUCAAAAUUGUGUCAAUUUGACUAUUUUCAAGACAAUGAAUGGGAAGUUCAUUUAUGGCUCUAG